AUUUGAGUUGAGUUCGAUACUUUCUCUGACCGACUCUUUUCUCUCUCUCCUUCCCGUCUGUUGCCGUGCCCGUGCAAUUUAGCCCUAGAACACCUCCCUUUACCUUCCCCGCAUCCUUACCGUCUUCCUCGGUCCUCCCGAUCUCUGCCUCCGUCUGCGCGCACCCCCUCUGUCGCUCGCCGAAUUCCAUCUCUCUAGAUUACUUUCCCAAUCCUCGAUGGCUUCUUUCACAAAAUCGAAUCAAUCUUUUCUGGAACUUCCAAGGCUAUAGAAGUAUUGGCGGUUUCAGUUAUAAUACGCGGAUGAUCUCAUUUGGAGUUUAGAUCCAUGGAUGUGGAUGAAGCUGGUUGAGGAUUUGAGUACUUCAGAGAGUUUCUUAUCUUACCAAACAUCCUGGUUAUGGAACAUCAAACUCUCCCAGUAGAAAAUUUGUUGAUAAAGGAUGCAAAAAGUACCUUUCUUUCAUCCGCAAUUUCUACUGGAUCUCAGAAUCCUGUUAAAAAACCUACACGGCAAUGGGAUGCAUGGACCCGACAAGAGGAGGAGAAUUUUUUUAAUGCACUACGACAAGUUGGCAAGAACUUUGAGAAGAUCACCUGUCGUGUUCAGAGUAAAAACAAAGACCAAGUUAGGCAUUAUUAUUAUCGCCUUGUGAGACGUAUGAACAAGCUUCUAGGACCUGGGUUCUCAUUUGAUGCUAAAAAUUCAAAGGAUACUAAUGCUGCAAUGCUCCGAUGGUGGUCUUUACUAGAAAAACACAGCUGCACUGCCUCAAAACUGCAUUUGAAACCCCGGAGGUUUAAGAUAUUUAUUGAAGCUUUGGAAAAUCAACUUCUAAAGGACAGAAACAAGACUAGAAGAAAAAGACUUCCUGAAGAUGUUUAUUCUCAUACAUCUUCAAACAUGAUUCUCAGUAAGGGACCAGGGAAUGACAUUUAUCCAGUCAAAUUACUAACCGUUGAAGCUGCGAACACUAACAAAUCAACAGCUUCUAAAGCUGCCUUCCAGAAGACUGAGAUGUAUUCAAACAUGAACUGCAAACGGGACUUAUCUAUGAAAUCACAGAGGCAAAAAAGGAGGCCAGGUGUUGUUUCCUCUGCUGAAUAUAAAAGAUGGGAAAAGGCUGCGAUGGCAGGCGUUUCUUUGGUUGCUGAUGCUGCUGAACAAUUGGAGCGAGCAACCAAUAAAAUAAAAUUUUCUUUUAAUGGAGAAACCAGUGAUGCAAUAUCCAAUAAGAUCACAGAUGGUGGAAUUUUCCCUGACCAGAUGACCAAAUCAACCACUGAACCUUCUUUCAAGUUGAAGUUACAGUUGUUUCCCGUUGAUGAUCAUACUCGAAGUGUUCUUGAAAAGGAUGGACACAAUCCACAUUUAGAGCUCACUUUAAGUGCUAGGAAAAGGAUAUCGUCAGUCAUGGAACAUCUACACCGCAAGUGGGGAGACUCUAACAUAGCAUCAGGAGAGCUCGUACUUCUCCCCUACUCUGUUAAGCAGGAGAUAGUAAGUUCCAAAAUGUGGACUGUAAAAGACACUGUAAUCAGUACUUCAGAUGUGUAUGCUAUGGUUGGCAGUCCUGCUGUUUUCCGUCUGAGGUAUGGCUGGUUCACCACUUUAGAACAUGGGUCAAAUGGUAUUCAAUCAUCUCACACAGCUUCAUCUUCUGAAAAUUGUGACCUUUUAGAAGAUGCUCAACAUGAAAAUCAAGAAAGUUUAAUGGAAGAUGUUGCAACUCCAAUUACUGAUGUUCCAGAGCAGGAUUGCACUGACUGUGAGGAUAGAUUUUUUGAGCCUGCCGCUGAUGCAGAGCCAUCUUCUAUUAGAAUAGCCAAAGAUGAACGGAAAUGGAAAAAGAAGGAUAUGGUCUAUGCCGAACUAAACUGUGUCUCUGCUGGGGAAUGGGCUGAUAGUCUAACCAAUAUAAGUGUUGGAGAUCUAUUUAAUGAAGCAUCCAAGGCUGCUAAUUCAGAACGAAUAAAUUCCACUGAUGAACCAACUGGCCCUUUGCUUCAUCUGGCCUCUUUUAGUUGUGACUCAUUUGAUGCAGCUAUUGCUGCCCACAUAUCUGGCCAUCAAUUAUCUCCCAUUUUGAAUAAGGCAUCACAACCAUCCAUCUGGGAUGCCGAAGAUACCCGUGAUCAAUUUUCUUUUCAAAUGGUUCCAGAUGAGAGAUUGAAUCUUGCCUCUAGCUCUUCCACUGAGGCAGGCGAACAAGAUUCUUCUAAAUCUCUACCAGGAAUUCCAAGUUUUCUGAAGGAUUUUGGUGGACAGGGCUUUCGAGAUGAACCUCUUUUCAAGUCGGAGGUUGAAUCUUGUCAAGCUCAGUCAUCCGAUGAGAGAGGUUAUCAGGACAAGGAUACUAGUUUUGCAGAUAUUUACUGGGCUGACUCUUUAGGGCCACUGGACUUGGACAUGCCUUCCUCUAAGUUUCAGGGCCAAGAACUAAUAUUUAGCGACAGCCUUAGUCUCAGUCGCUUGAUAGCCAACAGCCUCGACGAAUUCCAGAAUUUCUCACUUUUUUGCGUGGACGAUAAAGACUCCGGGUCACGCAGAGCCUAAAAAUAAAAGAAUUGCCCGGUUUAGUUGCGAUGCAAAGUUGUAUACUCAAACCACUGGCCAUAGAUACCAAGAGGAUGGGCUUGAAGGCUGUGGGAAUUAGUUGGAUUGUUUGCAUAGCUGAUAGAACCUGUAAAGGCAAAAUUAUGUACUUUUUCCCACCCCUGUACAUAAUAUGUUGUGGUUAUUAUGUCGAGAAAGGUUCGACUAGAACUGAAUAGUUCUUGUUCAUCACCCACUAAAUAUAUUGCCAUGGGCAGCAGUGACCUGAGACCUGCUAACUGGGAAAAUUUGGAUGGUUAAUAAUGUCAUACCUACACUUGCUUCCUAACUUUAA